GUGGUGUUGUCGAGCAUGUGGUUCAGUAGUGGAGAGCAAGUCACUAGUGCGGGGAGAGACAGACAGGCUUGCAGAACAUCGUUCAGACGACUUKAAGAGAGGAGCGAAAUGACGGGGCGCGCGAGAGGAAGGAGUAGGGGACGUGGAAGAACUGAAGCUCCACCACCAGGAGCUGGAGAUGCAGCUAGAAGACCAGGCGAAGCUGCUACAGCUGCCCCAGUUGGAAGAGGUAGAGCCAGAGGACCUCCAUCGGACUCGGUUGUUGCUCCACAAGCUGCUGUGGCCCCUCCAACUUCUGAAAUGGCAAAGAUGGCAGUGAGAGAGCCUCCACGUGGUGAACAACGUGAAGAACGACCGAGAGGGAUGUAUAGUGAACCAGUGACCCGUCCUGAGGGUCUAAACAAAGAGGGUUCUACAGGGACUAGAGUACAGAUCGUCACAAACGCGUAUAAAUUAGAAACGCGACCUAACUACAUGAUAUAUCAGUAUAAUGUAGGAUUCUCCCCGGAGGUAGACUUCAAGAAAGUCCGAAUAGGGUUGAUUAGUGAUCAACAACAGCUCCUUGGCAGUGUCCGAGCCUUUGACGGGAUGACAUUGUUUCUACCAAAAAAACUACCAGAUCCGAUAACAAAGAUCGUUGCAACCAGGAGGAGACGUGAUAAUCCAGAAGGGGAGCCAGUUGAGAUCACUAUAACCCUGACGAAUGAACUGCCAGCAUUGAACCCAACCAGUCUCCAUAUUUACAACAUCGUCCUCAGAAAGAUUCUCAAGAUCCUCAACAUGAAGCAAGUUAGAAGGGAUUUUUACUCUCCAGACCAAGCUGUCAAUAUUCCUCAACAUCACUUGGAGCUUUGGCCAGGAUACCAGACUUCAAUUCAGAGGUUUGAAACAGACAUUCUACUCAGUGCCGAUGUGUCGCAUAAAAUCCUGAGAAACCAAACAGUAUUAGAGGUCCUAUAUGAGAUGUACAACCAGGAUCAAAGGAACUUUCAUGCCAAUGCUAAAAAGAAGCUUAUUGGACAGAUUGUACUCACAAGGUACAACAACAAGACCUACCGAGUAGAUGACAUUAAUUGGGAUCUGAGACCUCAUCAUAAGUUCUCAACUUCACGUGGAGAGAUAAGCUAUAUUGAUUACUAUGCAAAGGCCUAUGAUAAGCAGAUAGCAGACAUGGAGCAACCAAUGUUGAUCAGCAAGCCCAAAAAAGUGUUUGGAAAGAAACCGAAGCCUGAUGAGACAAUUCAUCUUCUUCCUGAGCUUUGCUACAUAACUGGUCUGUCUGACGAAAUGAGAGCUGAUUUCACUGUGAUGAAGGAUCUUUCUGCACAUACCAGAAUUGCACCAAAAGACCGUAGCAAUCAGCUGAAUAAGUUUAUCAACAACAUAAACAGCAAUGCAGAAGCCAGCCAACAGCUUCAGGGCUGGGGCUUGCAGUUUGGGAGGAGUCUGCUCAACCUAGAGGGGCGUGUCUUACCAACAGAGAAGAUCUACCAAAGAAACAAAUCAAGCUCCUACGAUCCUAAGUCUGCUGACUGGAGCAGAGAGACAAGAGGAAAUGCUCUUCACUCAACUGUAAACCUAGAAAAUUGGUUGAUUGUUCACACCAGCAGAGACAGCAACAUUGCUAAUGAUUUCAAGUCAACGAUAGAAAGAGUCUGUGGACCAAUGGGCAUGAAGGUCUUGAAGCCAAAAAUGAUUGCUCUUGAGAAUGAUCGAACAGAUACUUAUCUCAGAGCUCUGAAGAAUGAACUAGAUGCAAAUAGACCACAGAUAGUGACCACCAUUGUACCAACAAAUAGGAAAGAUCGAUAUGAUGCAAUUAAGAAACUGUGCUGCCUUGAGAAACCAGUUCCAUCACAGGUGAUAGUGAGCAGGACCUUAUCAAAGAAACAAAUGUUGAUGAGUGUUUGUACCAAGAUUGGCAUUCAGCUUAAUUGUAAGCUUGGUGGAGAGGCCUGGGCAUUAGAAAUUCCACUCAAAGGACUGAUGGUGAUUGGUGUGGAUACUUACCAUGACUCUGCUGAAAAGGGAAGAUCUGUUGGAGGAUUUGUUGCCAGUCUCAACCAAACUUUGACAAGAUAUUAUUCGAGAUGUACUUUCCAGCACAGUGGACAAGAACUGAUYGAUGGUUUGAAAGUCUGCAUGACAGCUGCCCUGCGCAARUAUCAAGAGAUCAAUGGCAUGCUUCCUGACAAGAUCAUUAUGUACAGAGAUGGUGUGGGUGAUGGACAACUGCAACUUGUUAUUGAGCAUGAAGUCAGCCAGUUGAUUCAGUGCUUCAGGACCAUUCAAGCUGGGGCUGAGUACAAACCCAAGUUUGCAGUAGUGGUUGUUAAGAAGCGCAUCAACACUCGUUUGUUCCUGAAAGACCCACGGGACACCAACAUGACAAACUUGAACAACCCACCUCCUGGAACUGUUGUGGACACAGCAGUCACAAAACCAGAGUGGUUUGAUUUCUUCCUCGUUAGCCAGUGUGUUCGUCAGGGAACAGUAACACCAGUCCACUUUAAUGUCAUCUAUGACUCAACAGSUCUUAARCCUGAUCAUUUCCAGAGACUCUCCUACAAACUUACUCAUCUGUAUUACAAUUGGCCGGGAACUGUCCGAGUCCCUGCUCCAUGUCAGUAUGCCCACAAGCUGGCAUUCCUUGUUGGUCAGUCAUUGCACAGGGAACCAGACCAGUCUCUUUCAGACAAGUUAUUCUUCCUUUGAAGCUGUCUAUCAUGACAAGAGAUGCACAUCAUGUUGCAGAGAGAAGUGCAGUAUUGCACCAAUGGCUGUUUAUUAACACUAACCAUCAUUUGUUACAUUACGUUACAUUUAACCUGUCGUUAUGUUCAGUUCAUACUAGCAAACUAAGAUGAGAAGGGUUCAUCUUGUUUCAUUCUUCCAGAACAACGUUUCAUGAUUACAAGAAAGUUUCUAUAUUCCAUGACAUUUUUUCGUUUUCUUAGUAAAUCAGGAAUAUGGAGGAUUUUUUUAUUCUUGUUAUUCCUAAACAUACAUUUGAGAAACAGUUCCAAAGGGAAUUUCAUUUUAACCCAUUAUUAGUCAUUAUUAUAUGGUUGGCAAGGAUAGAUGAUGUCAAUGGAAUCAGUGUUGACAAAAUCAGAUUACUACAUCGGUUAAAUGAAACCAUUAUGAGAUGUAUCCAUAUGUUGAUCAUUGAAGAAAGGAUUUAGUAUACUCAUUUGAGUUCAUUCAAAAUAUUAGUUAUUUUCAAAUACGAUAGAUUUAAUUACUAACAAUUGUUCAGAACUAUGACAUUUAGUUGAUAAAUUCUAUGAUUAAAAAGAUAUUUUGUUAUA